UCUAUCAUAAUUAUGGGUUAGCUACCUAACGCAUCCAGAAGCUUUUCAUGACGAAAGCUUCCCAUUUCUAAUCAGACCUCGAUUCAACGCCACCCAGCUACCACUCGACAACUUCGUCCCAGAGGUGCAGAUUUCCGAAAAUCUGUGCUGCUGAUGUCAAAUCUGGUUCCUGGGCCUUUUGGCUCAUUAUUCUACCCCUAAUUGACCCCGCAUAAACUUUGCGCACUCUAUCCAAGAUGCGCGCAACGACAGCAUGUCUGUCCAAAGGGUUCUGGAGCCGCAGCCUCGAUGAGUUCAAGCGCCUGUCGAAUAUAGCACUUAAACUCGAAGGCGUAAAAGGCCCCUCCGGCCCGCUCUCCCUGCAAACCUUCCACACGCCCGAGUCCCUCGAAGACUGCAAGUGCUUCUGGGACCGGGACAUCGGCGGCUCGUCCAAAGCCGCCUUCGACUGGGUCCCGCCGUCCCCCGCCGGCAACGUGCCGGCGCACGCGCGCUUCCACGGCAGCAUAUCGAACGCGCUGCCGGCGCACCGGCCGGACGUGCAGCGGUCCGGGUACGCGGCGUGGCGGACGCUAGACAAGCCGCCGACGAUCUUCGGGCGGACGCUGAUCGACAUCGACUCGUACACGUACCUCGGGAUGCGGGUGAAGUCGGACGGGCGCGCGUACUUCGUCAACGUGCAGACCGAGUCCGUCAUCCCCACCGACCUGCACCAGCACCGCCUCUUCGCCAAGCGGCCCGGCGAGUGGGAGACCGUGCUCAUCAAGUGGAACGACUUCGUCCGCACCAACGGCGGCUACGUCGUCGAGCCCCAGACCGAGAUGCUGCGCCAGAAGGUCCGCAGCAUCGGCGUCAGCCUGACCGACCGCGUCCCUGGCCCCUUCGACCUGUCCAUCGAGCGCAUCUGGGCCACCAACGAUAUGAGCGAGGUGGACCAGCACGAGAAGGAUAAGGCGGAUGCGGAGCAGGUGGUCAAGGAGGGCCAGUUGAAGGAUAAGAGGGGGAGGCAUAUUAACUGGAAUGAGAAAUGAGUCAUAUUUUACAAGGGUCUUUGACGUCUGAGCAGUUGGCAGACGAACGAUCAGGUUUGCUGGCUACAUGAUAAGGAGAGCAUAGGCUUCCUAUAUGGUAGUAGAUACAUAUUGAGACAUUACGAUUUCAAUGGCAGUAUGGAUUGGAUCAACGUGUGGAAAGAUAACGGAGCUACGAAAGGACAUAUCUUCAAAACGGAAGACUUAAGACGGGCGUCAAAAAGACGGCAUGACAAAGCAUAGGUUGGCUGCGAUGUAGAUAUCAAGAUCAAUACUGAAAAACGUCUCAUUGUUUAA